AUGGCUUGGCUGCCUCCUGAGUGGACCUGGGAGCAGGAGAUGCCAUGUAACGGCCAAUUCAUGGCGGUGACAGGUGCCAAUGAGAGGCGUCUGCAAAAGAACGCAGGCUUUAUGUACAUGCGCGGCUUGAACUUUAGCCGAUACCAGCGGUUCAUCUCAACUAUACACGAUGCGAGCGCCGACGUCUGGAUCUUCACGGCAGCAACAACUCGCGAGAAGCUGAUGGUCAGGAGGGUCGGGGGUGCCCUCUUGUGGUGCAUCCACGCGGACCACGUGCCGGAGGAAGGCUUGGUCAGGUUCACGGCUGUAUCCUGUCUGUCGACUCGCACGAUGGCGACGACGGACUUUGCGGACCGGGAGAACAUCUCAAUCGCAGACCUCCAAGCCGCGUUCAAGGAGAAGGCUGUGGCCAAAGACAUCAUCUCCCGACAACAGACGGUGACCUUGGUGAGCUCGGUGACGGGCGGAGUUCUCAGCGAGAUCCUCAUGUUCGUUUGGGGAGAAAGAACGCAUGGCUCCCUGAAGCCGCGCAAGCGAGUUUUCAAGAAAACGUCUGCAAGCCAGAUU